AUGUCUAAGAAUUGGUAUUAUGACAUUUAUACGAUCGAUGACUAUUUUUGGGAGGAUGAUAAUCGUCAAUUUAGAGUUAAUACAAAACACAAAUCAAUCCACAAGUAUUGUUAUAACGGGAUUAACUCAUCAUUUGAUAAUUCUCGUAAAUAUCUUGAAAUGACUAAAUGUAGUGUUAUUUAUUUGCUAAAAACGUUAAAGGAAAAUUAUAAAUUAGAAGAUGAUAAACUUGCCGAAUACGCUAUUUUAUUUUUAAGUUAUAAACUAAAACAACAUUCACAACAUAAAUUCAUCAAAUUAAAUGAUUUUUAUACUAAUCAUAUAAAAAAUAAUAAUGAUUAUAAUAAGAAUAUAAAAGAUAAUGGUCCGACUUAUAAGGAAAUUAUAGAUAGAAAAAAAAAUUUGAUGGAUAUUAAAGAAAUAUCUAAAUUUAAUGAUCCAUUUGUAAUAUUAUUUUAUUUAUAUUAUAAAUUUCAUAGUAUUCUUUGGAAUUGUAAUGAAUAUUCGGGAUUAGCUAAAAUCUUUGUUAGUAAAUUUGAAGAACUCAAUAAAGAUUCUAAUAAUAUAGAAAACAGUUCAUAUAGUCAAAUAUUGUCUACAUUAUCAAAUGAUUAUAAAAAUUUAAAAAAAAGAUAUGAUGAUAAAGAUAAUAUAUGUACCUAUUUUCCACCUCUUUCAGAAUUUACCCCCAAAAAAAUUUCUGUAGAAAAUCCUGGACAUAUUUCUUUAGAAAGUUCUAAACAAACAUUUGAGCAGAAUUCUGAAGUUACAUCAUCAAGUUCGUCGAUACUAAACACAGUAAUUCCAGUUUUAUCGACAUUUUCUGUAAUACCAGCUUUCUUGGGAAUUGCUUAUAAGGUAAAUAAUAAGGAAUUAAAACUAUAA